CUGCCUCUCCGCUCCAAACCAAGCCAAUAUAUCCCCAAACCCGUCCACUAUUACUCCGUCAGUAGGAGUCUCUCUCUCCAUCGCUUGAGAGUUCUUCGUCUAGCGUCUUACCUCGGUCAGUAUAACCGUCGUCUUCUUCCCGUCCCGCGGCCAUGGGUUACGAAAACGAUCCGUACAUGGACGAAGACGGCGAGCCUCUGAUGGACCCCGACAUGCCUUCCGAUCGGGAACCCUCGCCGGAGCCCGGAUAUCCGGUCGACGACUACGAGGAGGAAGACUGGCGGCGGGAGCGGUCGCCGACGCCGGUGCUGGACUCCGCGGUGGACGAGGACAAGGUCGGCAAGCCUAGGAAGAGGCUGGUGAAGAAGGGCGCCAAGGAGAGCUCCCAGGAUCACAGCGGGAGCCCGCUGGCAGCGAUCCCCGGGGAAGUUUUGGAUGAUUGGGAGGAGGAGGAGGACGAGGCGUCUUCCUCUAAGAAGAGGAAGGCCUCUUAUCUGCUGAAGAUGGGAAAGGAGGGGAGUGGGAAGAAGGAGAAGAGGAAGUCGUUGUCGUCAAAGAUGGAACGAUCGGCAGGUAAAGUGUCCAAGGCGGGAUCGAGAGGCUAUGGAGGGCCUAGGGAUCAAGGCGGUGAUCCGGAGAUUAAAGAACUAUGGGACACCAUUGCCGGGGGAGAUUCUGAGGAUGACCAAGAGGGCAUGAGAACCAUGGAUGAUGAUAACUUCAUUGAUGAUAGUGGUGUUGAUCCAGCUGAUCGCCUUGGAAGUGACAACGAAGCUCGUUCUCCUGGGAAUGCUCCUCAGGCAGAGGAGGGUGAGGAAGAUGAUGAAAUUAAUCAACUAUUUAAAGGGGGCAAGAAAAAAAAGAAGAACGAGAAAUCACCUGCUGAACUUGCUUUGAUAGUUGAACAUCUUAUGGCUGAGCUUGAAGUCACAGCUGAGGAAGAUGCUGAGCUAAACAGGCAAAAUAAACCAGCCAUUAAUAAACUCAAGAAGCUCCCUUUGCUUAUAGAGGUUCUUUCAAAGAAAAAGCUUCAGCAAGAAUUUUUAGAUCAUGGAGUGCUAACUCUUCUGAAGAAUUGGCUUGAACCUCUGCCUGAUGGAAGUUUGCCUAAUAUGAAUAUUCGAACUGCGAUACUAAAGUUAUUGACAGAUGUCAUUAUGUUUUUAUCUAAAUCUGAUGAGGAGACUACAUCCAACAGAAAACUAGCAAAAGAAUUGGUUGAUAAAUGGAGUCGACCAAUAUUUAACAAGAGCACUAGAUUUGAGGAUAUGAGGAGUUUUGAUGAUGGGAGAGUUCCCUAUAGAAGGCAAUCUAUGAAGAAACCUGCAGCUAGAGCUGCUGGAGUGGAAUCUAGAGACGAUGAUCUUGAUUUGGCUGAGUUCUCACAGGAUCGCAAGUCCGGACAAGCAGCUUCCAGGCAACAUGCUUCUAGGCCAGAAGCAUUGCCCUUGGAUUUUGUUGUGCGUCCUCAAUCCAAGAUUGACCCAGAACAGGUCAGGGAAAGAGCUAAACAAGUCAUGCACGAUGAGCGUCGGAUGAAGAUGAACAAGAAAUUGCAGCAGUUGAAAGCACCCAAAAAGAAGCAGCUGCAGGCAUCAAAACUUAGCGUUGAGGGCCGUGGAAUGGUCAAGUACUUGUAAUCAGCCACAGGUGAUUAAGCAUGAGCAAUAAAUUGUCAACUAUAUCUGCAACAAAUACCAUACACUUGCCAUGGCAUAUUCUCUCGGUAGCUUGUUACUUCCAUGAAUUGAAUGUUAUUGUUUUGAUAUUUUGUGGCACAUAUACGGUCACAGCUGCCCAGAGUCUGUUUCCACCAGAUGGGGACAGUAACAGAGAAUGGGAUAAAAACUAUCUUGGCAUCCUCUAGUCGAGGAAGGAGAUUGUCUUGGUGAGAGAAGUUGUUAAUGUCGGAUGAAUUUGAGACAAUUACUACAGCCUCAUUGUAUAAAGUAGCUGGCACUCCGAUAUAUUAAUCUUCAAUGCUGCAGUACUUCUUGUGAUCA